UCAUUCCUCUUUUCCCCUCUCUCUUCUCACCCGUCUCCCUUCCACUCUCAGACGUCGCCUCUCCAUUCCUAGUAGCCUUCCAGCGGCACGUCAUUGAUGAAAAACAGCUGCGACGACGACGAUUGGUAGUGUUGGCGAUGGCGUAGUGGUGGUCCUCUCUUCUCACCCGUCUCCCUCUCCACUCUCAGCAGCCUUUCGAUGAUAUGGAAGGCUAAGGAGUUUCUAAAUAUUUUUCCAACCAACAGAAAUGCCAGAGUAGAGGCUGAUAUUGUUGAUGCUCUCACAGUCAGACUUCCAAAUCUUGGGGUGAACCUUCUACCAAUGGCAUUUAGGCAAAUUAAAGAUCCUAUGGAGAUCAUUAAGUUGGCAAUUAAUUGUCAAAGUGGGGCUUAUCUAAAUAUUGAUGAACUUGUUGAAAUUCCAAAACUUCUUGGAUUAAGUUCACGGGAAGACAACUCAGCAGUACAGGAAGCUAUUGCAAGAGAGGCAGAAUUGUCGGAGAUGUCCAACUGGCUUUUGAUCGCUGUCUCAUGUUGGCCAAAAAGGGCCUUGGUUCUGCUUGGGACGACGCACAGCUGCAACCACUCUCUCAGCUCUUUGUACCGCUGCGACGACAAACAGCUAUAAGGAACACGACUGCUGAGACAUAGUUUUUUUUUGUGGGGUGGGUGUGAUUGUGACCAAUUAUUUGAUUGAUUGUAAUUAAUAAUUGGUUAAUUUGUAAUAUGUGACCUAAAAAUUGUGACUGUGGCUCACAAUUGAAUAAGUUGUCUUCAGAAAAUUAAUCACCAACUAAUCUAAUAAUUUGCAAUGAAUAA